CAGCCGCCAUUAAACGGAAAGAGACGAAGAAGAAGAAUCCGAAGCUACGAUGCUAACGGCUCCUUAGUUUCGCUCCUCAUUAGAUGAAGGGGAAGAUGCCCCCAACUCAUUAAGGAAGGGUUUCCAAAGACACUCUGACUGGAAUGACUCCCUGCAGUCUCUCCCCAAAUUAUCCACCUGAGCAGAUUUGAAGAUGUAGCAAGAGUGCAGUGAAGUGGGUUAGCUCUGCAGUACCUCAACAGUCCUGCCUGGACAUAAUUGGCAACUUUUCACCUCCACCCUUUCUCUGGAGGUUGUCCUCAGUGCGUCCGUCCUUGGUUAAAGACCCUACAGGCCUCAGUCAUGCUGUUCUCCCUGAGGGAACUGGUCCAGUGGCUGGGCUUUGCCACAUUUGAACUGUUCCUGCACCUGCUGGCUUUGCUAGUUUUCAGUAUACUGGUUGCUCUGCGAGCUGACAUGUUAACCCAGUCCGUGAGCUGGUGGCUGGUGUUCGUUCCACUGUUUGCUGCAGACGGCCUCAGCACCUACUUCACAGCCAUUGUGUCCAUCCGUCUCUACCAGGAGAAUGAGAAGCGUCUGGCAGUGCUACGGCUCCUCUGGGUGCUGACCGUGCUCAGCUUGAAGCUGGUGUGUGAGGUUCUGCUGUGCCAAAAACUGGCGGAGCAGGAACAAGCAAGAGACCUGUGGUUUGGCCUCAUCGUUUCACCCCUGUUCAUCCUGCUGCAGCUGCUGAUGAUACGAGCAUGUCGCGUCAACUGAGGCGAGGCAGAUAUUGGUUUCUGCUUUCACUUCACCUACAAUGCAGUAGAAGAGAGCAAUCUUCAUCGGUCAUUAGAGAUAUAAAACAUAACAAUGGUCUACCUUUUUUUUUCUUUGGCUCAUUGCCAGCUUUUUUUACUAACAGCAUUGUGCAGAUUUUGCACAAAGCACAUUUCAUGUCUCACCAGAAGCCAAGUUUAUAAAUGUUGUGUUCCUAAGAGCUUCAUAAUAACCAGAAGUUUUGCCGCUUACAACAGUAAUAACACAGUAUUUUUUAAAAGCAGUAGACAAUCUCCUCUGUAUGUCGCGACAUUCUUAAAUGAGUAGUUUUUGGACCAACGUAUGGUCAUUAAUGUACUCUGAUGGGGCCUUUUUCAGCAGUCCUGACCCCGUAGUUCCAAUAAAUUUAAGUCUUUCUGUUACAGAAUGCAGUGAAAUUUAAACAAUAAUUCCCCUUAAUACUAUUUGGAAAAAGUUCAGAGGAUUCCCUUGGCAAAUGCUUAUAAGAAUAUAGUUUUCUAAAAUUAGUGUCCCAGAAAUUAAAUGAGCCUGCGCAGAGUCCUGGUUGUAAUCCCAUCCAAUACUUUUGGAAUCAACUGUAACAGAGACUCUGUGCCAGGCUUCAUUACCCAGUGUCAGUGUUGCAUGUCUAGUGGCUGAAUUGGAGCAAAUCCCUGCAGCCAAAAUCUAGGAAAAAGAAAAGUGGAAGGGCUUAAAGGAUUAUUUUAACCAGGAUUGUAUUGGAAGGCAAAUGAUUAGGUGAGUAUUUCCUUUGGCCAUAUAGUGUUAACGUGUUCUCAGGUACCUGCUGCUACAUUGAACUUUUUAGUGAAUUCUGAAGACUUACUUGAAGUUACUUGUCACUGCAAAAUGGUACUAAUUACUCUGCUGUUGUUUCAGUUCUUUUUUUCAUCAGGAUGGAUUACAGCUGUUGGUUUUUGAUACUUUUAGGAAUGCAAAUAAUUAGAGCAGUAAAUGUGUAUGUGGGACAUGGUGUGUGUUUAGUUAGUGCAAUCAAUGGAAGACAAUGAGCCAUAAGAAAAACUUAUACCAGAGUUAUGUUUGUAUGUACACUAAACACACAAAAGCUGGCGAAACCUUAAGGCUGUCCUGCCAGUUGCACCUUUUUGGGCAACAGUGAUUGUUCAGAGAAUUGAAGAAGUUUCCACAGUUUUGUUGUUUUUUUCAUAGAAGAUACUACUUGCCAGCAAAGCUAAGUUGGGUUUAUUAUCUUGUGUCACUGUGUUGCCUGUUUUGGGGAAUGCUGCUUAUACAUUCCCCCUGGUUGCCUGGUUUGUCAUUUCCACCAAUGAGGCUGCUUCUAAAACUUGUUGUAACCUUAAGUCUCGCCCCUGUGUUGAGGAGCUAAAUGUGAUAUAAACAAGCAGUCAAUUGUGUGCAAAUGUUAUCCUUCAAUAUUGUUGUUUAUUUGUACCAUAUGUAAUGUAUAUGACCUGUGUUGGAAUCUACCUUGUGUAUGUACUGCAUGUAUUUAAAACCUCAUUUGAAGAUAAUUCCCCCAUGUGAAAUUUCUGUGUAAUAUGUACAUGUUGAUUUGUUUUUAAGAAAUUCACCAAAUCUUAUUUAUGUUCUCGUCAAGGCACCAUAUGUGUCAUGUUAUCUGUAUAUAAAUGUAAAUAAACCAUCAACAUUUAA